GGAGGAUUAAAUUCUAAAUUCAGGAGUUAUAAACAGUGCGCAUACUUUGACUUAAAAGGGAAGGGGGCAGGGAAAAUUUCUUUUGCGUCUUCUGCCAAGGUGCAAUACACAAUCGGCGGCCGCCGCGGGAGGACAGUUAGAAAGAGCAUGGCUAAACAUCAUCCUGAUUUGAUAAUGUGUCGGAAGCAACCGGGAAUAGCCAUAGGCAGGCUGUGUGAGAAAGAUGAUGGUAAAUGCGUGAUCUGCGAUUCAUAUGUCCGCCCCUGCACUCUUGUGAGGAUAUGUGACGAAUGCAACUACGGCUCAUUUCAAGGCCGGUGUGUUAUCUGCGGAGGUGUUGGGAUCUCAGAUGCUUACUAUUGCAAAGAGUGUACUCAGCUGGAGAAAGACAGGGAUGGCUGUCCAAAGAUUGUCAAUUUAGGCAGCGCUAAAACUGAUCUCUUCUACGAGAGGAAGAAGUAUGGCUUCAAGAAGAGAUGAUGAUUGACAGCUACUGGGCCUGCAGCAGCAUAUGCGUUUUCCACUUGGUUGCAAAUGCUUAUGUGGUGUUGUAAAAGAUAGUUGCUGUUAUAAUUUUCAGAUGGAACAUUAGUUAAGGAUCUUGUGUUGAAUGACAUACACUCACUCUCAUAAUAAUAUCUAUUUGCAAUCUUGUGCUGA